UGAUCGAUGCAAGAAAGUGUUUACCAAGCAAGCAGGACUGGCCAGGCUACUAAGGCAUCAAAAUCAACAAUUUUCAACUCACCCUUCCAAUAGUUUCGGCUACAAGAUUCAGGGACAGUGUCAGUGAAAGUUCAGCUUCCUCAAUAAGGUACAGUACACCUCUCAAGUGGUCAACAUCCUUUCUUGAGUCCAUUAAAGUCAUCAACAAAACCCAUUACCACUACCAGGACCAUGGAGGAUACCAGGACACAAGCUUCAUUGUACGCUCUACAGACCAAUCAACCCUCACCAAAAGAACAGGUGAAAUGUUUGGAUGGGCAGCAACCACAAAUUGAAGUUUCACACGUUUGCAUUAGAGUUUGACCUGAGGCAUUACAGCUUCCUCUUUUGAAGGAUCUGAGGAUGUGCUGACUGGCAACUGAUGCUUCUAUAAUCCAUCCAAAUUUUCAAGUUAUUUAUCGAGGUGUUUAAACAAUGUUGAGGCACACAGAAGAGCUGAGUGGAAGCUUAGAAAGCUUAAAUCAACUAGAUAUGCACGAAAAACUUGAGAAGCAUCAAAAGAGACGAUUAAGUUGCCCUCAAAUUGCCUUCACAUCCACUCUGCUGCCAACGGGACUUACUGGCAAGAAAUCACUCUUAGAGGAUGUAGGGACGCAGAGAUUGGAAGCAACGGCCGAAGUACCCCAAGAGGCUGAGGAUAAUGUGUUUGCUGAUGCAGUGGAAGCUGUCUUACUUAAGGACGGGUAUGGGGGUGAUGCUGGUUUUGAGGAUGAAGAAGAUUGCCGUCAACAUACAGACUUCCUGCUUAGCGUGAUGGAAUCACAACAACGUAAGAGACGAGGAAGUUCCAAGUCGCAUUGGGAUGAGAGUGAAGAAGAGGAAGAUAAGAUAGAUGAAGAUGUCGAGAGUGAUCUCGAUAAAAGGAUUCUAUGGGCUGCUGAGAAUAACGAGAUUGAAAUAGUCAAGGAUUUACUUAGUCAUCAAGAAGCAUUGAUUGAUUCCAAAGAUGAAGAUUAUUACACACCGUUACAUCGCGCAGCAUAUAAUGGACAUACUACAAUGGUAGAGUUAUUACUACAACAUAAAGCUAAUGUCAAUGCUAAAACUGAGGAUGGAUGGUGUCCAUUGCAUUGCGCUGCGCGAUGGAACAAUGCAUCUGUAGUAUCGAUUCUUUUACAGAAUGGUAGCGAUAUCAAUGCUCAGACCAAUGGAGGACAAACAGCGCUUCAUUUAGCUGCUUCUAAUAACGAGGCCAAGGAGAGUUUAGAAUUACUGUUAAUGAAUCGUCAUAUAAAUGCUAGCAUCGUAAACGCAGCAAAUGAGAAGCCGUAUGACAUCGUAAAAAGAGUCGGUCGUCUGUCUUAUUUAUUUGAGAUGACUGAGGAUGGCAUGCAGCCAUCUACGAGCUGAUGUUCUCGUCUGAUUCAACAAGCUCAGGGUGAUUGGACAGGAAACAAAACAACCAAAAAUAUUUGUGGCGUGUUUGUUUAAAAUGUAAUUUGUAUACAAUUGUGGUGCAAAAAACAUUAGUCCUCAGUAUCUUCCACAAAUCUUGGAUCACCAUUGGUGAUUAUUUGUUGUAUACUAAACCUCCACCUGUGAUGCCAUGCUGGUGUUCCAUCAUGAUGGCGCAAUAGCUACUUUCAACAAUAUCAUGACAUUUGUGGGAAAUAAUGGAGCGCUAGAAUAAUGUAUGAUAUAGCAUGACAUCACAUGUGCGCUUGGUGUAUGCACCAUUUGUGGGUAGGAAUGGCACUCGGGCUUGACCCUCAGGCCAUUCCUACACACAAAUAGCGCGUACCUCGUGCAUUAUCAUAUCUUUCUUUCAAGAACAUAUACAUGAAAAAACAAAUAAUUUGGGUUGAACAAAGAAAAAUCUACUAGAGUGGGACUCAAACCAAUGACCUCCAGAU